AGGGAGGGCGAGAGAGAGAGAGAGAGAGCAAGAGAAGGGAGGGUGAUAGAGAGAGAGAGAGGGAGAGAGAGAGCGAGCGAGAGAAGGGAGGGCAAGAGAGAGAGAGUGCGAGAGAAGGCAGGGCGAGAGAGUUCAAGGCGACACACACAUGCACACAGAGGCUGUGUGUGUCGCUGCCUUGCGCAGCCCUGCUUGCCUUCCUCCAGCAAAAAUGGCAGCAGCUCCAACGCACGCACGCACGCACUUCAAGCAGUGCGCAGUGAAAGCUUAGCUUAGCUCCUUUUAGCCUAGCCUAGCCUCAGCUCGCCGACUCUGUCCGUCAACAUGGAGGAGGAGGAGGACGCGGGCGCCGACCCCUAUUUACCUUACGACGGGGGAGGGGACACCAUCCCCCUGCGCGAGAUCCCGAGACGAGGCUCCAACUAUGCCAUGACGAACGGGGGCGGCGCGCCCAGCAGCUCUACCCACCUGCUGGACUUCUUGGAGGAGCCCAUCCCCGGCGUGGGCACCUACGACGACUUCCACACCAUCGACUGGGUGCGCGAGAAGUGCAAGGACCGCGAACGGCACCGCAAGAUCAACAGUAAGAAGAAGGAGUCGGCGUGGGAGUUCACCAAGAGUCUGUACGACGCCUGGUCCGGAUGGCUGGUUGUGACGCUCACCGGCUUAGCUUCGGGCGCCUUGGCCGGCCUGAUCGACAUCGCCGCCGACUGGAUGAACGACCUGAAGGAGGGCGUGUGCCUGAGCGCCAUGUGGUUCAACCACGAGCAGUGCUGCUGGACGUCCAACGAGACCACCUUUGCCGAGCGGGACAAGUGCCCCCAGUGGAAGAGCUGGGCCGAGCUCAUCCUGGGCCAGGCCGAGGGUCCGGGCUCCUACAUCAUGAACUACUUCAUGUACAUCUACUGGGCGCUGUCUUUCGCUUUCCUGGCCGUGUGUCUGGUCAAAGUGUUUGCGCCGUACGCCUGCGGAUCGGGGAUCCCGGAGAUCAAGACCAUCCUGAGCGGGUUCAUCAUCAGGGGCUACCUGGGCAAGUGGACCCUGUUGAUCAAGACCAUCACUUUGGUGCUGGCCGUGGCGUCUGGCCUGAGUCUAGGGAAGGAGGGCCCGCUGGUCCACGUGGCUUGCUGCUGCGGGAACAUCUUCUCUUACCUCUUCCCCAAGUACAGCAAGAACGAGGCCAAGAAGCGAGAGGUCCUGUCGGCGGCGUCGGCGGCCGGCGUGUCGGUGGCGUUCGGGGCUCCCAUCGGCGGCGUUCUCUUCAGCCUGGAAGAGGUGAGCUACUACUUCCCGCUCAAGACACUGUGGCGCUCCUUUUUCGCCGCCCUGGUGGCCGCCUUUGUCCUGCGCUCCAUUAACCCCUUUGGGAACAGCCGCCUGGUGCUGUUCUACGUGGAGUACCACACACCCUGGUACCUGUUUGAGCUUAUCCCCUUCAUCCUCCUGGGAGUUUUCGGAGGCCUGUGGGGCGCCUUCUUCAUCCGAGCCAACAUUGCUUGGUGUCGGCGGCGCAAGUCGACCCGCUCAGGUAAGUACCCGGUUUUGGAGGUGAUCCUGGUGGCGGCGAUCACGGCCGUGGUGGCGUUCCCCAACCCGUACACCCGCCAGAACACCAGCGAGCUGAUCAAGGAGCUCUUCACCGACUGCGGCCCGCUGGAGUCGUCGCAGCUCUGCCAGUACCGCAGCCAGAUGAACGGCAGCAAGGCCUUUACGGAGAACCCCAACCGGCCCGCCGGGGCCGGCGUCUACGCCGCCAUGUGGCAGCUCUGCCUGGCGCUCAUCUUUAAAAUCAUCAUGACCAUCUUCACCUUCGGCCUCAAGGUUCCAUCAGGCUUGUUCAUUCCCAGCAUGGCCAUCGGCGCCAUCGCGGGGCGGAUCGUCGGCAUUGCCGUGGAGCAGCUGGCCUACUACCACCACGACUGGUUCCUCUUCAAGGAGUGGUGCGAGGUUGGCGCCGAUUGCAUCACGCCGGGACUCUACGCCAUGGUCGGGGCCGCCGCCUGCCUGGGCGGGGUGACCCGCAUGACCGUCUCCUUGGUGGUCAUCGUCUUUGAGCUGACGGGCGGCCUGGAGUACAUCGUGCCCCUCAUGGCCGCCGUCAUGACGAGCAAAUGGGUGGGCGACGCUUUUGGGCGAGAGGGCAUCUACGAGUCCCACAUCCGUCUCAACGGCUACCCCUUCCUGGACGCCAAGGAGGAGUUCACGCACACCACGCUGGCCAGGGAGGUGAUGCGGCCGCGCCGCUGCGACCCGCCGCUGGCCGUGCUGACGCAGGACGACCUGACCGUGGAGGACCUGCAGGCCGUCAUCAACGAAACCAGUUACAACGGUUUCCCCGUCAUCGUGUCCAAGGAGUCCCAGAGGCUGGUGGGCUUCGCCCUGCGCAGGGACAUCACCAUCGCUAUAGAGAACGCUCGGCGCAAGCAGGAGGGCAUCAUGUUGAACUCCAGGGUGUACUUCACCCAGCACGCCCCCACCCUGCCCGCCGACAGCCCCCGGCCCCUCAAGCUGCGCUCCAUCCUCGACAUGAGCCCCUUCACCGUCACCGACCACAUGCCCAUGGAGAUUGUGGUGGACAUCUUCAGGAAGCUGGGCCUGCGCCAGUGCCUGGUCACGCACAACGGGAUUGUGUUGGGCAUCAUCACAAAGAAGAAUAUAUUAGAGCAUCUGGAGGAGCUCAAGCAGCACACGGAGGCCCCGGCGGCUUCUUGGCAUCGUCACAAAAAAGGAUAUCCUGCGUCACAUGGCUCAAAUGGCAAAUCAAGAUCCCGAGUCCAUCAUGUUCAACUGAUCCAAUCGUUUCAGGACGACGAGGACGAGGAAGCAGUUUGCCUCCUGGAUGACACCUACCGUUGACCUACGAGCCUCGUUUGCCCGCAUUUUCCCCCCUUUUUUUUUUUUUUGCACUCCAUCCGCUUGCGUUGAUUGACUGCCGAUGAGGUUUGUGACUCACUUUACUAAAAGUGAUCUGAAUUGUCGCUUCCUCCAGAAUGAAGAACUUGGCAGGAGUUCCACACGGCGCUGUCUGGUGUGCAAUAUCUUUUAGUUCACUAAUCCUUCCAUCAUUGUGAAGUCAGAAAAAAAAAAAAAACCUGAAUUUUGUGCGAUUGACUUUCCACUCGUGCUACUUUUGCCGUCACUUUAACUGGAAAGAGGGUCAAACGUGAUCCUCGAUGAAUGGAUGAACUUUUCACAGCUAAUCAGCUGAGCCAUGAGCCGGGAAUGAUUUUGUCACAACCAAAUGUGGAAAAAGAAACACGCGCCUUUGUGCUCCCUUCCUCCCCACAAACCAAUCGAAGGUAUCGGCGCACGUGGCCGUUUCCGUCCGUCCGUCCGUCCUUUCCGUCCCGCUGAGGAACGCGUCGCCCACAUCUCGGUUUCUUAAUUUAUGAAGUUGUGCAAUGUUGUGAUCUUUGCUUUCUUUGAUUGUACAUUUGAAACAUGAAGGGUCAUUAAAUUUGGAUUGAAAUUUCAA